GAAGAAAGAAGGCUUCUCCGAGCUGUUUUAGCCAACAAAUGCAUCCUAGAGAUAAAAGUAAACACUUGUUCGAAAUUACUGUCAUACAUUUUAAAAUAAUUUUAACAUCAUCAUAAUGCUACCACUGCAGUGAACGCAUUAAGCAAGUCCAAAGGGAAAUAACCGUCCGUAUUUAUCUAGCUGGAGUGCUGAAGCAAGGGAGGUGUGAAUGACUGACGUGGUGCCCCCCUCUGCGCUUAGCGAAAUCAAGCUCCGCCUUCUUUGCCAAGAUGACAUAGAUAGUGUUAAAGUGCUUUGUAGUGAUUGGUUCCCCAUUGAGUACCCAGACUCAUGGUAUCACGAUAUCACCUCCAACAAAAAAUUCUUCUCCCUCGCUGCCACAUUCAGAGGUAGCAUAGUGGGAAUGAUAGUGGCUGAAAUAAAGGGCAGAACAAAAGUACACAAGGAGGAUGGAGACAUUCUGGCCUCCAGUUUUCCUGUUGACACUCAGGUUGCGUACAUCCUGAGCUUAGGGGUGGAGAAGGAAUUCCGAAAACAUGGAAUAGGGUCACUUCUGCUGGACAGUCUGAAGGAGCACAUAUCCACCACGGCGCAGGACCACUGCAAGGCCAUCUACCUGCAUGUGCUCACCACCAACAACACUGCCAUUCACUUCUAUGAGAACAGAGACUUUAAGCAGCACCACUACUUGCCCUACUAUUAUUCCAUACGGGGUGUCCUGAAGGACGGCUUCACUUACGUGCUCUAUAUCAACGGCGGACAUCCACCGUGGACGAUCUUUGACUAUAUUCAGCAUAUAGGCUCUGCUCUGGCUAGCUUGAGUCCAUGCUCCAUCCCUCAGAGAAUAUACCGCCAAGCACAGAGUCUUCUUCGCAGCUUCCUGCCCUGGUCUGGCAUCUCCUCCAAGAGUGGCAUUGAGUACAGCAGGACCAUGUGAAGGCUGUGCUGUGUUCCCUUAGAUGCUGGAAUCCAUUGCUUCACUGGAGGCUGUCUUAACACCCAAGGGCAUCCACCGAAUCUGAAAUGAUGUGAAACAGACCUUUUGGUUUGGCCUCAUGCAGUCUUACAAGAUGUAUUAUAGCUGUAUAAUAUAUAUUUAUAUAUAAUCUAAUAUUGUCAGUAGUUAGUUGGCUAUUCCUUAACGUGGACUCAUAGUCUACUUCAUGCCUGUAAUUUGCUGCUAGUAGAAAACCAGUCUUUGGUUCACCCAGAUUUUUUUUUUAAUAUAUAUAUAUAUACAUAUACAUAAACAUAUAUAUGGAAAGAGAUUUUUAUGUGUGCCACACCAGAUUAUAGAGUUUUAAGACCAAGAUGGUAUAGUCAUUACCCUAAGGAAAACCACCUUCAUACUGAGUCACUUUUGUGCACGUGUCAAGAUGGUUUCACUCAGUGUUCAGUAGUUUUAUCUGUAGCCUGACCUCUUGAUACAGUUGAGUUUGUAUAUAUUCUUAUGUUUAAAAAUAACUUAAUCUGAUUUGUAGAUAGUCAAAUUGGGAUCCGAGAUAGAAAUUCAUAUGGCCCAUACAGGAAUAAUGAUUGUAGUGGUAUUUCUGAAGUAAGGCUCAGUGUAGGGUUUCGAGUCUCAGUAAAUACUAUGCCUUACCCAAGCCCUAUGAUCUACUUCAACAUGCUAACUGUUUCAUUCUAAUAUUCAAAAUCAUGUUUACUACAGUUAGAUUAUCAUAUCUAGAGAGAGAGAGAACGAAAGAAUGAAAGAAGAGUUAGAAUUUAUAUUAGUUAUUUAAAAAUGGAAGACUGAGGAGUGUUAUGAAAUGAUGGAUGUUAUUUGAGUUGAGAUAUUAAAGCAAGGCCAUACACUAAAUAAAAUGUGCUACUCUUUUAGAAUUUAUAAAUAAGAUUUUAUUUUGUUUUGUUUUGUUCAAGGUCAGUUGAAAUGUAUGUCUGGGACAUCUGACCACACACCUUGUGCACUUCGAAGUGUGUUAUGUAAAUACAUGUGCUUUGUCCAUUUGUCAGCUACUUUAUAAUUUAUAUGUGAUUUCUAUUUAUGAACGCACCUGUGUGAGUUUGUUCUUUUGAAUUUGUAACCAGUGGUCAUGUCCGGGAGUCUUUUUAUAUUAUUAUUUUAGCAUAUGGGAAUAAUUGCAGUUAAAACAUACCGUCCUUUUGUUAUUUACGGUAAUUGUAAAUUCAAAUUGAGAUGAUGAUGAUAACAGCAGUUGUAGGCCUAGGUUCUUGUUACUGGUGGAAAAUGGCGCCCUCCUCAGUUUUCUUCAUAUAUCAAACCCUCUCAGUCUGAAAAUGGCACACUUCUCAUAACAUCUUGUUUUGCUAUGUUUUGGGAGAUUAUCAUAAUUGGCCUGUCCAAUAUUAUUCCCCAAUUGAAAAAAUAGCCUACAACUACUACGGUACAAACACUUUCAAAUUUAUAUAGAAGUAACCAAGCAAUAGAGCCUGCAUUUGAUAGCUCCCAUCCACAUGUCCAUCACCUUUCCUUUGAGCUUAUGCAUUUUUAUGAAAUGUUUCAUCAACCCAUGGGUUGCAAAUGAGAAAAU